AUGGCAACGGAGAUUCCGACAGAUUUUUUGAAAAACGAAGAAAAUCGUCUGAAUUCUUUGCGAUUUGAUGAAGAAAAUGGAAAAUUGGAAGUUUUGGAUCAAUUAUUAUUACCUCAUGAAUUCAAAUAUAUUCCAGUAAAUGGAGUCAAUGACGCUUAUGAAGUUAUUAAAACUAUGAAGGUAAAUGAUUUUUAAAAACAUUUUCCAAAUUCGAAUUUUCAAAAACACAUUUUAAACGUCUAUUUUUUCUAUGUGACCCUAAAUUUUUCGAAAGCUAUUUAUUUUGAAAUUGUCAGUUUCUUUCUCAUUUCCAAUUUUUGUAUAGGUUCGCGGAGCCCCAUUGAUUGCCACAGUUGGAUGUCUUGGACUCUACAUCGAGAUUCAACAAUCUUCCGAUUCUAAUAUUUCUUGGAUAUCCGGAAAAAUCAAUUAUUUAAUUUCUUCUCGUCCAACUGCUGUUGAUCUUCGAAAUGCUCUUCAAUCACUUCUUCCUUUGGUUCAAGAAAAUAAGUUGGACGAAAUCAAGAAAAGACUUCUUGAUGUUUAUCACAAAGAAAAACAAGAGAAUCGAAGAUUGGUUUGGAAUGGAUAUCAAGAACUGAUCACCGCGUUUCCAAAAAAACAGAAAUUGACAAUUAUGACAAUUUGUAAUACUGGAAGUUUGGCAACUUGUUCAUGGGGAACUGCGUUGGGUAAGAUUUGUGGGAAAAUUCAGAUAUUUUUGAAAUUGAAUCAUACAAUUACAAUUUCUGAGUACAAUUUCCCUCGUUUUAUUAAAAAUUCAAAAUUUCAGGAGUAAUCCGAGCUCUUCACUCUGAAAAUCGUCUCGAAAUAGUCUAUGCUCUCGAAACUCGUCCUUAUAAUCAAGGAGUUCGUCUAACUGCCGCUGAACUUCUUCAUGGAAAUGUUCCAUUCAAAUUAAUCACUGAUUCAAUGGCAGCUUCUGUUAUGAAAUCAAAAAAUGUUGAUGCGGUUUUAACUGGAGCUGAUAAUGUUGCACUAAAUGGAGAUACAGCCAAUAAAAUUGGAACUUAUAUGUUGGCUGUGUUAGCUAAUUAUCAUGCAAUCAAUUUUUAUCCAGUAGUGAGUUUUUCAUAUAAUAUUUAAAUCUAGUUUUAGAACUUGCAGGUUCCUCUGACUUCAAUAAAUCAAAAAAUCGAAACUGGUGAGGAAAUUGUGAUUGAAGAACGGCCAGCGAUUGAGAUGCUCACAAUAAACGGUAUUCAAUUUGUUCUUUAAAAUAUUUCACUAGUUUUUUAGGCACAAACAUCGGAUCUCUCAAUACUCCCGUUUGGAAUCCCGCAUUUGAUGUGACACCAGCUAAUUUAAUAACCAAAAUAAUAACAGAUUUUGGAAAUUUCAAACCAUCAGAGCUCAAAAAUGCACUAAAAUCAGAUCUUUAUUAA